CCCCUCUCAGUCAUCCUACUCUCUAUCCCUCUCAGAAUUCGCCUCUUUAUCUUCGAAAAUCCAUAUCCCAAUUCGAUUUUCGGCGACGAUUCAGUACUUCGUUUUCAUUUACAGAGAUCUGGAUCUGAUUUUGGGUGUUCCAUUACCUUCUAGAUCUCAGCUCUUGGCUCUGAGGUGGAAAUUAGGGUUUUCGAAAUCGACCUCUGAUAUUGGUCUUUCUAGGGUUUGAGGAUCGAGCUCAAGAUUUUCGCUUUUGAAGUUAUUUCAUGGCGGAAGUCAGGCGGUAUGGCUUGAGUGCUCAGUUAGAUAUUGAGCAGAUACUUACGGAAGCACAAAAUCGGUGGUUACGCCCUCCUGAAAUUUGUGAAAUUCUACGGAACUAUCGAAAGUUCCACAUUGCUCCAGAGCCUCCGAAUAAGCCACCCAGUGGGUCACUUUUCCUUUUCGAUCGGAAGGUACUGAGAUACUUCCGCAAGGAUGGCCAUAACUGGAGGAAAAAGAAAGAUGGAAAAACAGUGAAGGAAGCUCAUGAGAGGUUAAAAGCUGGAAGUGUUGAUGUUUUACACUGCUACUAUGCUCAUGGAGAAGAGAAUGAAAAUUUUCAACGUCGCAGUUAUUGGAUGCUGGAAGAGGAUCUCAUGCAUAUUGUUCUUGUCCACUAUCGUGAAGUGAAGGGAAGCAAAGCAAGCUUUGCCCGAAACAGGGACCCUGACGAAAUUUUGCAGAGUUCUCAAACGAGCAGUCCUGUUAGUUCUUAUUUUCUUCCAAAUCAUAAUCAAGUACCUUCACAUACCACGGAUACAUCGAGCCUGAACAGUGCGCAGAACUCAGAAUAUGACGAUACGGAAUCUGACAACCAGCAAGCAAGUUCCAGAUUUCGGUCUUUUCUUGAGCCACACCAAUCUGAGGACAAGCCUGUGAUGAAUCAGAUGGAUACUGGUCUCUUGGAAACUUAUUUUCCAUCUUCAAACCCAAGUAACCAAAGUGAUUAUCUGGUAAAGCAAUCAAACAUUCCUGGACUUGGUGAUUCUGGGUUUGGGCUUACCUUUAAUGAGUUGAGGAAACCCAUUGAUGCGGCACCUUGGGAAGAGGUCUUGGAACAUUGUACAACAGGGUUUCAGAGUGCACCUUUUCGACCAACAAUUUCUUCUACUCAAACUGCGAACAUGCUGGGCAUGCCAAAACAAGAAAAUGGAUUACUUGGGCAACUUUUCAUGGAUGAGUUCAGUAUGAAGCAGGAGUUCAUGACUAAUCCACAAGGCCAAGCAAAAUGGCAGAAACAGAUUGCUGCCGAAGAUGAUUCAUCAAAUAUGUCUGCAUGGUCCACGGACCAUAAACUGCAUAUGGACUCUGCCUUUGAACUGAGGUCUGGCUCUCAAGAACACAAAGGUCAUUAUGUGGAUGCACACAGAGAUCCUGAAGCCUUCUCUACAGACUCUGAUCAGGAGAAUGGCUCUCCUGUGCCAGAUGGGUUCCAAGUGCAUCUUUCCAAUGCUGAAGCUGGAUAUGUUCUUACGUCAAAUUUUGAUGCAGAGUAUGAUCCUUCUACAAAACAACAGGAUAGCUCUAGAACAGAAGGAGAAGGAGGCUUAAAGAAAUUUGAUAGUUUCUCCCGAUGGAUGAGCAAAGAACUUGGAGAGGUAGCUGAUGCAAACGUGCAAUCCAGUUCUGCGGUCUACUGGGACACUAUAGAGAGUGGAAAUGUGGUUGAAGAUUCUAGCAUGUCCCCACAGGAGCAAUUGGAUUCGUAUAUGUUGAGCCCCUCACUUUCCCAUGACCAGCUUUUCAGCAUUCUUGAUUUCUCACCAAACUGGACAUACACAGGCUCAGAAACUAAGGUACUGAUUACGGGUACAUUCUUGAAGGACAAAAAUGAUGCACAAAAUUGUAAAUGGUCAUGCAUGUUUGGGCAAGUGGAGGUUCCAGCAGAGGUUUUAGCCGAUGGUGUUCUUCGUUGCCAUGCACCACUACAUGCAGCUGGAAGGGUGCCUUUCUAUGUGACUUGCUCCAACAGGUUGGCUUGUAGUGAAGUGCGAGAAUUUGAAUAUCGGGUUAGCCAUACUCAGGACACAGACAUUCCUGAUGCCUCCACCGAGAAUACAAGUGAAAUACUUCUUCGCAUACGACUUGGAAGGCUACUGUCCCUGGAAUCUGUUGAGCACCCAAGGUUCUCUGGUAGUGUCUGUGAGAAACCUCAUAUAAGCAGCAAAAUCAAUUCUUUACUGGAAGAAGAUGAUGAUGAAUGGUUCCAGAUGGUAAAGCUUACUACGGAUGUGGACUUUUCCCCUGAUACAGUGAAAGAACAGUUGCUUCAGAAGGUACUGAAAGAAAAGUUACGUGCUUGGCUUCUUUACAAAGUGGCUGAAGGUGGUAAAGGCCCUAGUGUCUUGGAUAAGGAUGGCCAAGGCGUGCUUCAUUUAGCUGCUGCCCUUGGCUAUGAUUGGGCAAUAGCACCAACGCUAGCUGCAGGUGUGAAAAUCGAUUUCCGGGAUGUGCAUGGAUGGACUGCUCUCCACUGGGCAGCAUAUUGUGGCAGGGAGAGCACAGUCGUUGCGCUCGUUUCUCUGGGUGGAGCUCCAGGAGCAUUAACAGAUCCAACUCCAAAGUUUCCUUCUGGGAGAACUCCUUGGGAUUUAGCUUCCAUCAAUGGACACAAAGGCAUUGCUGGUUACCUUGCAGAAACUUCCUUGACUUCCCAGCUUUUAGACCUGACCUUAAAGGAGAGUUCUAGGGACGGCACUGCACCAGAAGCUUCUGGUGUGAAAGCUGUCCAAGCAAUUGCAGAACGGAGCGCCACUCAAUUCAGUGAUGGUGAUUUGCAAGAUGGUCUCUCACUGAAGGACUCACUAACUGCCGUUCGUAAUGCUGCUCAAGCUGCAGCUCGUAUUCACGAAGUUUUUAGAGUGCAUUCGUUCCAUAGAAAACAGCUAAUUGAGUAUGGUGAUGAAAACUUCGGAAUGUCGGAUGAGCGUGCACUCUCACUUAUAUCUGUCAAGACACACAGAACAGGACAGCAUGAUGAACCUUCGCAUACUGCUGCAAUACGUAUACAGAACAAAUUUCGCAGUUGGAAGGGAAGAAAAGAAUUUUUGAUAAUCCGUCAGAGAAUUGUCAAGAUCCAGGCCCAUGUGAGGGGGCAUCAGGUGAGAAAACAUUAUGGAAAGAUCAUAUGGACGGUAGGGAUUGUUGAGAAAGCAAUUUUGCGCUGGAGAAGAAAAGGAAGUGGCCUGCGUGGGUUCCGAGUCGAGGCCCCCAGCAUACAGACUGGAUCCUCUAAUGACGAUGAUUAUGAUUUCCUGAAAGAAGGCAGAAAGCAGACAGAGGCAAGGUUGGAGAAGGCGCUUGCUAGAGUGAAGUCCAUGGCCCAGAAUCCAGAAGCUAGGGAUCAAUACCGAAGGCUGCGGACUGCAGAAUUUCAAGAUAUCAAAGUUGCAUAUGACAGGGUUUUGAAUGAGAAGGGAGAAGCAGUCGAGGACGGGGACGAGGACCUGCUUGCCCUGGAAGCACUCUUGGGAGACGAUGACACGUGCAUGACCACAGCGAGUUAAGAGUCUGCUGUUGUCUUUGCUGCUGUAAUAUUCGGUUUGUGGGUCUGUAUAUUAAUUAACUUGAAUGUCAACAACUCUUGCAUUAUUAGCUGUGGUGUGGUAUAUGCUAGUUGUUUAAUUAAAAAUUAGAUUGUCCAUAAUCCUCCGAAUGGAGCACACUUUGUUGUCUAUAACAGCUAAUGAAAACUGUUGUGUGCCUA